CAGCUGGCUUUGUUUACAAACAUAAAAUUUUCAUAAACAUUUUAAAUAUUUGUGAGAAUUUUACAAAAUUUUAAAAAUAAUUUAGGAAAAUAUUCAUGAAAAUGAAUAAGUGUGGACUUUGUCAACAGCUUAAUAAUAAUUUAAUACAAAUUUACACUAAACGUCUAAAAUCUUUGGCACAAAUUAUACUAAAACUAAAAGGUUACAAGCAUAACUGGGAUCUUAAUUUACCUCUAAUAAUUUGUGAAAAAUGUAUACAAGGUCUCGAAAAUGUAGCUACUCUCUGGGAAAGUAUACCAGAAGCUAAACAGGAACAUGCUAGGGAAAAUGUAGGAACUCUGCCAGAAAUAUCAAAGCAAAAGAUUGAAGAGGAUGCCAAGCUAGUAGCUUCUAGUCAUAGAAAACAAAAUAUACCGGCCAUAACGAUAAUAAGUCCUGAAAACGCACAGAAAACUGUAAGAACUCCGCAGAAAAUGGAAGAGCAAAUGUUUGAAGAAGAUAAUAAGCAAGUAACACCUAGUCAUACACAAGCAAAAUUACCAGCCAUAACUUCUUUAAUAAUACCUGAUGAAAGUUUGGACAAAACUUAUCACGAACCCAUCAAAUUACGCAUUAAACUACCACCUAAAAGGAAAAGAAAAAAUAAAGUUCUAACACAUAAUAUUGUAGACAUGGAAGCAUUAAAUACUAACACUGAAAUAGCUGCCAAACGUUUAAGACGUCCUCCCAAACGUUAUGAAGAUUUCAGUAUCAACUCGCCCAAUAAAAAGUCAACUUCUUCAGAAUCUUCCAAUAUUUCAAACGAACAGACUUUAGAGAGCCUACCCGAAAUGUCUACAUUACGUUUAAGUAAUGGUGAUGUUAUUGCGAAACUUGUGGAAGUAGAUAAUAGUGAUAUUUCCUCUAAAUUGAGGAUUUUAUGCCAAUUUUGUGCAAAAGUCUUUCAUUUUGAAAAGGACUUUCAAAAGCAUUUAAAAACUCAUAAUAUUAAUGUAUUAAGUGGUGUGGCGGAUGGUGAACAAAACUAUUUAUUUUAUUGUAAAGUAUGUGAUAAAUCGUUUCGUGAACAUUAUGCUGUAAGAAGACAUUAUAGAAUUGCUCACAAUGAGGAGAGGCCUUUGAAAUGUGAAUAUUGUGAGGCGAGUUUUAAGUACAAAUUCAAUCUCGAUUAUCACAUGGCUAAACACAUUCCCAAAAAGCGUUUUGAAUGUGAUUACUGCAAGAAAACCUUCGUUUUACGAUAUGAACUGCAAAUCCAUCUAAGGACUCAUACAAACGAAAGACCAUAUAAGUGCCAGUUUUGCUCCUUUGCCUUUGCACAUCAAACAAAUUUAAAGAAUCAUCAGAAAGUUAAACAUAAUAAAGUGUUAACGAACAGUUCAAUUCUUAAAAAUACCAACCAGGACAAUGAUGCGUACCGUGAAAGUAUGAAAGAAAAACAUUUGGAAUUCACUACAAAUGAAGCCAUAGAAGAACAGACUGUGUUAUUAGAACAAAAUCAUACGGAUUUAAGUUUUUCUAUGAAUUUUGAAGAGUUUUCCAAUGAUUUAAAGGAUGUUAAUGGUGAAAUGUAUUCUACUGACAGACAAGAGUUGAUGGAGGAUAAAGCUGGUAUAGAAACUGAUUUUCAGGAUUAUAAUGCUGCUAAAAGUUUAGCAACAAGUGAUGAUAGUGAUGUACUAAUGGAUUGUAUUGAUGAACGUUUUAAACAUUUGCCUAAAAACGCUACUGUUCAUAUAGAUAGCAAUAUUUUAAAAGCUUUAGAAUCCUCGGAACUUUUAGGUCUAAAGAAAUGGCCAAAAUCUUUUCAAAAUACAACAACAACUAAUGAUAGUUAUAGUUCUUCUUCAGUAAAAGAAACUAAAAACUCUUUAGUUGCCGAAGUUAAUGAGGAAAAUCUUUAUACAAACGAGAAAACUACAGAAAAUGAGGCAGAAAGCAAGACGGAGGAGUUUUUGAAUGAAUGCACUUCACAGCCUUUGGAUUUCGACAACGAUUCACUAAAUAUGUCUGUAACAAAAUAUGAACCUUUAGCAACUGUAACAAAUCCAAUUGAAUUUGAAGUCAAUACCAAUUCCUCAAGUAUUUCCCAUUCUUUUGAAACUCCUGAGAGUAAUAACGUCUUUAAAGGAGAAUCUGUAUUUCAGUUGAAUAAGGAUCAUACCAAAAAUAACCAAAUCUUAAAUUUUCAAGUUCCUAGCGGCAGUACUCUCACCAAAGGUGGCAAAUUUAUAAAUAUAUCAAAGCUUUCGCAAGCCUCCUGUUCUCGUCUAGACUUCAAACCUUCAAGCCAUUUAAAACAAAUUGAAAUUGUGGAAAAUAACUUUAAAACUUUACAACAAACUAAAAAUAUAACAUCUCCUAAGGACAAUACAAUGGAAAUUUCUAAAAUGCCAAAUACAAAUGAAGAAAAUAAUACAAAAUCCUGGAAAGUAAUCAAAAUAAGUUCAAGACCUGUUAAACUAAGAAAUAUUUGUAAUUUAAACAACUUAACAGCACAAAAAGAGACCUUAAACUCCCAGAUUGCAGCUGCAAAGCUCAAUAACUUAAACAACUUUUCAAACAAAGUUCUUCCAGAUCAACAACAUAUAACAAUUUCUCCUAAUAACGCUAACAAAUCCAACAAUUUAAGGGUUUCCCAAGUGCCUAGAAAUGCUAACAAACGCUCAGCACAAUCCUUAUUAAAAUCUCCUACAAAAGCCCAUCAAAACAACACUUUAACUCUAGCAAAUCCCACUAAAAACUCCACAAACUUAUCCAACAAACCUUUAAUAACAAACAUAGAAAUCUUGCCGCCUCUUAACACUGUCCAAACUUUAUCCAACCCCGCACCAGUAACUUUAAUAAAACCUCCAGUCCAUUAUAAAUACCAAUGUCCCCACUGCUAUAAGUAUUUCAAACAAAAAUCUCCUUUAACAAAACAUUUGCGCACUCAUACCGGCGAAAAACCCUACAAAUGCAACCUAUGUCCCAAAUCCUAUGCCGAUGCCUCCAACUAUAAGAAACAUAAAAUUUUACAUAAAAAUGCUGCCGAAGCUUUAAAUAUCAGCCGUUCCAAUGCUUAUGCUGUACACAAUUCUCCUGCCUAUUCUACCGUCUCCGAUCCUGAUCCCGAUGGUAUAGAAAUAAUGCAAACCAUAAAAAAGUUCGAAAGUACUACAGCUAAAGAAGAGGAUGAUGAUGACGACGACGAUGAUGCUUCUUUAAGUUCUUCAACCAUGGAAUCUUAUAUGUGGCAAGAUGCUUUGGAAAAUGUUUUAAAUAAUGAGGAAAUAAUGGAAAAUAUUAAAAAGAAUUUGGCUGGUAUUAAUAAUGCUAUUAUGCCGAAAAGUAUACAACAAAUAGCUACAAAAAAGCAGACAAAUCUUUGUGAUAUAAAUAGUUUUUCUAGUGAGGAUCCGGAUUAAAGUGAAUCUUGGAUUUUUUUCUAAAAUAGUUUUAGAGAAUUUUUAAUUUAUUUUGUUGUUUUUAAGGAAAAUUGAAAUAAACUUUUUUGUUGGAAAGCUA